UACAGUCCAUUAAAAAGAUUAAAGGAUCUCUAAAAUUGGAGGAAAAAUCUGCAAAUUAGCAGCAAAAUGUGCUUGUGUUUGAGCAUUUAUGUUCACUUUCAGGCCAGUCAGUCGGUUCGCAGACAUAUCGGCGACUAUCGUGCUCUCGCAAAGCGAAAGUUGGACGACCGUCACGGUAACCCGUAUCGACAUUAACCUUUACCAGACCGGAAUUUCUCCUGGAAGACCAAUAGAUUACACCCAUCCCAAAGGAAAUCUCCGGAUUACAAACUAGGCGAUUUUUUCCAAUAUGGCUGUCAAGGAAGAGUUUGCUCCUGAACAUUCCGCCUAAAGUCGAACAUAACACUAACAAGGGUACAGCUUUGACUUUCCAAAGUUCCCAAUUGCCCGUCAUUGAUGAGAGGUCACGAGGAACACCCUUGCGCCACUUACUCCACUCCGGAUACCCAACUAGGUAGAGAUCCCAAGCAGAAGCUGCAAGGCUGGUCCAAGCGCUGGAUGCAGACCAAGAAGCGGUACAUCUUAGAUUUAAUACCGGUCAAUUGAACGGGUCCUAGUCAAAUCAGUAUUCCUUUGAAGAAGUUUUUUGUUGUCGCCUUAGCCUGUGUUAAAAAUGGACGACUCAGGUGAGAAGUCCUUGGCUCCAUUGGCAUCACUGUCUGUUGUAGCGCCAUCUCUAGACUCGAGCCCCAGCAAAACUCCCCAGAAAAAUGAUGUCGUAGUACCGAUUGAGAAUGAUAAGACUGAGGUAACUUUUAAAUCUGGCACGAGUUCCUCCUCGUCUUCCAGUGCAGAAGAAGAAGAAGAAGAAUUGGACAAGCCUAAGAUCCCCGAUGGAGGCUGGGGUUGGGUGGUAGUUUUCGCAUCUCUUGUUGCUUCCAUGAUAGCCGAUGGAAUUAGCUUCUCCUUUGGCAUACUUUUCGAUGAAUUUAAGGAAGAAUUCGGAGCCUCUAGUUCUGCAACUUCCUGGAUAGGCAGUCUUUUCGUGUCCGUGCCUUUGAUAACUGGUCCUAUCAUGAGUGCUUUGGUCGACAAGUAUGGCUGUCGCUCCAUGACUAUAGUAGGAGGACUAGUAUCUGCUUUAGGCUUCAUCAUUAGCUGGAAAGUGACCCAUAUCGGCGUAAUGUAUUUAACUUUUGGCAUCUUGUCUGGAUUGGGUUUGGGUCUGUGCUAUGUUACGGUCGUGGUCUCUAUCGCUUUUUGGUUUGACAAGAAGAGAACCCUUGCCGUUGGAUUGAGCGCCGCAGGAACUGGUAUCGGCACGUUCGUUUUUUCACCUUUCACCACUUACUUGAUGUAUCAGUUUCACUGGAGAGGUACUACGCUGAUUUUGGCCGGAACCCUUCUCAAUAUGUGUGUGUGUGGAGCUCUCAUGAUCGAUCCGGAUUGGAUUAUCGAACAGAACAAACAAAAUUCAAAACUCACUAAAUCAGGAAAAUCCAGCAAAACAAGCCUUGAAUCAGUCUCAUCCACGAAUCCAGCAAACUGUAUUAAUAUUAAUGAAUUAAAGAAGUUGCUGCAAAGUGGAAAAGACGCUGAAUAUUUCUUACAAACUUUGGAAACGAGCAUGGAGUCCCAAGCUCCAGAUAAAACCACAUUAAAAAACGUCCACAAUUCAGUACUGAACCUGCCUACAUAUAUUAAACAAAACGAAAAGGUACCUAUUGAAGUAUUAGAACAGUUAGCAAGUAAUAAGAAAUUGUACAACAUAAUUUUAACAAACUAUCCGAGUUUGCUCUUAUGUAGAAGUACAUCUGAUAAAGAACUCAACAAAUUGGAAGUAAAUGCCUCGCAGGUGGAAAGGGUACCUGUAACCGUAAGCAUAAAGUUAAAAAAAGAAGACAAGCCUAACGCUCUCGUCCAUCAGGAUUCUUUACCAGAGGAGCACAUAACCGCCAUGGAACCAUUAAUGCAAAAAAAAUCCACAGUUCCAGAAAUGCCUCCCUCCAGGAAUGCAUCUUUCCCAUGGCUUAAACAGUACCAUGUACAGUCACAAAGGCAAAAUUAUUUGAGAAAUUUGAAAUUCCAUUGGCAAUCCUUGAUGGUACGUCGUGGGGCUAUGAUUAAUACCAACAAAUACAGAUUUAAAGCUUCCAGCUGUCCGAAUAUAUACAGAGUGUCCAUGGUAACCAUUCCAGAGAGAGACGAGAAAUGGUACUCGGAACUGGUUGACAUGGUGGAGGGAAUCUUAGAUUUUUCGUUAUUCUUAGAACUUCAUUUUCUCUUGAUGUCCCUAUCGACCAUAAUACUUUUUGUUUGGUUUAUAGUGCCGUACUUUUAUUUGGUUGAGCUUAUGAAACAAAUGGGCUAUGAUAAAAAUAGCGACGUGCCUCUCACGAUAGCCAAUAUCGGCAUCACCAACACCAUCGGUAUGAUUGUUCUUGGAUGGGCUGGUGAUCAACAUUGGAUGAAUAUUACGAAAACAUACGCAGUUUGCCUAAUGCUUUGUGGAGUUUCAUGUGCUGGUAUGAUGUAUUUCGUACAAAACUUCAUAAUGCUACAAAUAUGCGCCGGAUUAUUCGGUGUAUUUCUAUCAAGUUCUUUUUCAUUCACUCCUGGUAUACUCGUCGAGUUGGUACCUUUGGAAAGAUUUACUGUGGCUUAUGGACUCCAGUUACUUUGCAUGGGGAUUGGCAUACUUGUAGGACCGCCCUACGCAGGUCAUUUGUUUGAUGUGACACAAACUUGGGAUCAAACGUUUUACCAAGGCGCCAUAUGGAUUGCGAUUUCGGGUAUAUUAAUAGCUAUCAUUCCAUAUACUAAGAACAGAAAAAUAAUAGGAAAUGGACCGAUCGAAAAAGAGAUAGAGGGUGCAGCCGACAGGAGCAUAUAUCUACUUAUAAUUCUGCCUAUGUUAGUAGCAUCAAUUGUAUUAGUUAUGUAUUACACCAUUGCAACUCUUGUAUAACUCUGUUUUUGUGUAUUAGAAAAAUAUGGACAUUGCUACUUACUGCAAUUUUGUGUAGUCAUUUAGAAAAUAAAGUACUUACAAUCUGCUAUAAUACGAUUGGGAACAAAACUGCAUUGGAAUAUAGUUCCUCUUCUGUUGUGCAAUUAUUUCAGAAACAUAUUUUACAAAAUAAACAAACCAUAAUAUUCCAUAAUCAUAAACUACAACAUGUCUUCUAAUAGUAUUUAUAACUUACAGUUUUCAUGAUAUUAUUGAUAUUCAAUAUAUUUUUUUAUAUGAUUCUCAAGAAAGAGUACAAUUUGUAAGGAUAGUUUUACCAAUGUGUGCACAAUGUAUUAUUAGACUAGAAAACAUUUCAAGACAUGCUAAACGAUAUAGUGACAAUUCUUAUAAGGUUAAAAUGAAUGGAAGAAGAUAAUAAAAUUGUAUCACAUUUGAAAAAUUAAAUCUAUACAUAUAUUAUGAA